AUGAGUAAUUCGUUAUCCAUAGAUUUGGCAAAAUUACUUGAAGAUUCUGAAGGUUACGACGUAAAUAUUAUAGUCGGUGAGGAACCGAACGUUGAAGAGUUUAAAGCACAUUCGUUAAUCUUAUCUAGUAGGUUGACAUAUUUUAAAAGUGUACUAUCUUCACGAUGGGCAAGGGUGGAAAAUGGGAUUACCAUUUUCAAUAAACCCAAUAUUUCUCCUUCAGUGUUUAAAGUACUUUUAAGAUACAUUUAUACAGGAGUAAUUUCCACAGAAAACAAUGAAGUUAGCUUUGUUGAUAUUGUUAUUGCAAGUGACGAGCUUCAAUUUAUUAAAGUAUAUCAACGAUUCGAAUAUUAUCUGAUUGAGAAUGAAUCUAAUUGGAAACAAAAGGAUAUAGUUACAGUUCUUCAGCAUGACCACUUAACCAGCUUGUAUAAUAUCGCAAUAAAACUGGCGUGUAAAAACCCGGAAGUUAUUUUUAAAUCAGAGGAUUUCUUUAGAAUGAAAGAAGCCCACCUUAUUAAUCUUUUAAAAUGUGAUGACCUUGAAUUAGACGAAAUUGAAAUAUGGGAAUACGUAAUUCAAUGGGGGAUCGAAAAUACCACUUCAAUUUUGGAUGAUGAUUUAACGAAAUGGACACUGGAGAAUUUCACGGACCUCAAAAAUACUUUAAGUAACUGCAUUCCUCACAUUCGAUUUUUUCAAAUGUCUCCUGGCGAUUACGCAAAAGUUAGAGACCAGUUUAAAGAUAUUCUACCCGACGGCCUUGAUGGUGAAAUUACUCAAUAUUUUUCGAAUCCUAAUUUUAAGCCGUCUGUCAACACUUUACCAUUAAGAAAGCAUUCAUUUGAUUCGAUCAUUAUUAAUUCUAAAGAUGCAGGUAUAAUAGCAAGUUGGAUUGAUAGGCGAAAAACGCCAUAUUAUUUUACAAAUAUACCCUUCAAACUUAAGCUUAUUUACCGUGCUAGUCGUGAUGGCUUUAAGAUUAAAAAAUUUCAUGAAAAAUGUGAUAACAAGGGACCAACACUUGUCGUUAUUAAAGCAUGCGAUUCAAGACAUAUAGUUGGCGGAUACAAUCCAUUAAAUUGGUGUAGAGUUAACGUGGAUGACAGGAAUUCACUAUUAUCUAAUGAUUUUGAUCAUCGAUGCAAAACAUCCAAUAGUUUUAUAUUUUCAUUAACAAAUCGGACAAUUCCAAUAUUAAGCCGAGUUUCUUCUAAGGAAGAGGCGAUCUUUUGGUGCAGAAAUAAAGGACCAUGA